AUGUUGACUGGAGACCAAGGCGAAGUUCUUGACGUCUUUGGACAAAAUCCACGACUGAGUCGGCUGUAUACGCAAUUAUGUUUCUGUUUCGAGCUUCCGGAAAGCCCAGAACAGACGAAUAGACAGGCAGAAGUGGUUGAGUUCCUUCAAGAUGGCCUCGAAAGACUUGCCAAAGCCUUCCCUUGGACAGCAGGUAAAGUGGUCAAUACAAGAGGGGUUUAUGAGAUUGUACGAGGAACUCCAGAACUUCAGGUUGUAGAUGCCAGAAAGAACCUGCCAUCUUUUUGGGAGUAUCAGGCCGCGCACUAUCCCUUCCGCUUUUUGGACGAAACCGUCGUUGCUUCAAAAUCUACACUACCCGGAUCGUCUGAUGAGACCGCACCUGUUCUGAUGUUCAAGGCGAACUUCGUUGUUGGAGGGUUAAUACUCGUCAUUGAUGCCCAGCACAACUGCAUGGACAUCAGAGGUCAAGGAGAACUCAUUCGACUAUUUGCGAAGGCUUGUCGUGGUGCACAGUUCAGUGAUGAAGAAUUACAAGGCAAACAUUUCGGCCGUCUAGAGACGCUUCCCAAGGUCAUCUCUGCUCCCAAAUCAGUGCCGGGCUCCGUCAACGAACAAGCUGUCCUGAGUGUCUGGUCAUACUUUCUCAUCUCGUCCGAGGCAGCCAAGGAUUUGAAGAAGAAAGCUAUCUCUGAUCUUCCGGCUGGCUUUGUCUCGACAGAUGAUACGCUGACAGCGUUCACUUGGCAGUCUGUGACUCGCGCUCGAAUUUAUCGACUCAGGAAAGGUCAAACGACGACUCUCGAACGGCAAGUCGAUGCUCGAGCAUGUCUCAAUAUCCCGUCCUCAUUCAUAGGGAAUGUGGUCACCAAAACUACACAUCGCGAGACCCCCCAAGAGUUGAUACAGAAGCCUCUUGGAGUGAUCGCAUCAGAGCUACGUGACACCCUUCGUUCACGAGAUGCUCUUGCAGGGAAUACAAUGGCAUCAGCGACUGCCCUUGUCGAGUCUCUCAGAACAAGCGACUCAAAGACGUCAGAUCGUAGCAGUCUACCAUCUACAGAUUUGAAGCUUAGCUCUUGGUCAAAGGAGGCGUGUUGCGACUUCAACUUUGGCGGUGUACUUGGUAAAGCCGAUGCUGUCAGGCGCCCAGCGUUUAAAGCUUGGGAAGGAUUGGUAUAUUUCAUGCCCAAAGAUUCGGAUGGCAGCAUUGCUGUUGCCAUAUGUUUGAGGGGUGAAGAUUUCGCACGACUUCGCAAUGAUUCAUUGUUUUCCAACUACUUCACAUACGUUGGCUAG